AUGGCAAUCCGGGAAGUCCGCUUCGACUACACGAGAUGUCACGAGAUCGACUUGUACGACGAACCCGAACUCAUGCCGAGCGAGAACACGUAUAGACACUUCAAAGCUUCCUCGACUGGUCAUCCCUUGACGCAGUGGAAACGAAGCAAUCAGUCGCUCACGUUUGAUGGGAUAACCAAGAAUUAUACCAUGUGCACAAUCGACUUCUUUCUCCCCGACGAUCUCCAGCCUCCAGUCCUCUUCUACUACCACUUGACCGAAUUCCACCAGAAUCAUCGGAAAUACGUCACUUCCCUGGAUGGGUCACAACUGAAAGGCAAAAGCGUCAGCCGAGGAUCUGUCAAGGAUUCAUGUUUCCCAGUCACGUCGAGCCGAAGAGAUGGUGGAGAGGAGAAAGUCAUCUACCCUUGCGGCGCGAUAGCCAACUCCAUCUUCAACGACACUUUUGCGGAUCCUCAGCGGCUUCUCGGCCCGGACGCAGACCAACCUGUCCCAUACGCCAUGUCAAGAACCGGCAUCGCCUCAGACCUGGACAAGGAGCUCUACAGGCCGACAACGUACCCGGUUCCCCCCGGACCAGGUGACAACGACAGCGCUGUCAUAGUGCCGCCUCCCAACUGGGCGGAGAGGUUCCCGAGAGGCUACCACUCCGGAAACAUGUUCAACCCGGCAGAGGACGAGGCAUUCAUGGUCUGGAUGCGCACGGCCGCGUCGCCCUCUUUUGCAAAGCUGGCCAUGCGGAACAGCGACGAGGUCAUGGUGAGGGGGAUGUAUCGACUGCAGGUGUUUUCUCGUAAGUUUUGA